AUGUCCUUGUUACGAUUUUAUCUUCUCGCGGAAAAGAGCAUUCGGCCUCUUUUGUUGAGUUCUCUUCAAAAGCAGGAGCAGAAAUAUUGUCUGGAGAUUUCUGAAGAAAACGCGCAGCUGAGGAGGAUUCUUGGUCGAUUGUCGCUUUAUUAUUCCUCGAAAGUUAUUCUUGGGAAGAUUCCUUCUGAAGAAAAUGUGAGAUUUGGGGAGAAUGGAAAGCCAAUUGUUGAUGGCUUGAGCAUUUCCGUUUCUCAUGCAGCGACUACUGGAGAGCAUCAAAUUUGCGUCUGCACAGCGAGUACAGACAGUGGUGCCGAAUAUGGAAUAGAUAUAGCUCUGCGAAACAAGCCAAUAAGCUGGAAAUCCUCUCCCGAAAAAUUCAUCACAAAGCUUCGUCUGAACAAAUCCAUGGGCACCUCGAACGAGUGGGAUCAAAUCAUGGCCAAAAACAAUGUCGAGGCGCAACUAAACGAGUUCUAUCGAUUUUGGGCGGUGAAGGAAUCGGUUCUCAAAGCAACUGGCGCCGGGGCAUCUGCAAUGAGGCCGUCGAGAAUUGAUAUUUUUACUGAAACUGAGCAUCCCUUUGACCUUGGUGGAGAUUUACAUCUGGAUGUUACAAUAUUUUUGAUAGGUAGGUGCUUUAUUUUCAAGUUAAAUGGCACGAGAGAAAGUGAAAAAAAGUAA